GAAGAUGGCGCAGCACCGGCGCUGAAGAGUCUCCCAUUCACACCGUUAAAAAUCACGGAAAAUCGUAUCGAUUGCGCGGAAACGAACCCCGCGCGCACGCGACUCGAGAACCGCUCAAGGUUAGUUUGUCCUCGCGCUGUUCAGUCGGAUUCCUGCGUUAAAUCACGACUGCCCGAGUCAAUGAAAUAAAUAAAUGAUCGUCUCCAUCCUCAGAUGUUGCUGCCGCCGCAUCCAUAACGGGAGAUUCGGACGCACGGAUGGGAAACCUGAGCUGACGUGUGAAAUAUGUCGAGUGUUUGGCGAAACACACGGCUGUGAUAUAAACACGUCUGAUCGUCGGCUUCAACUUUAAUGUGUCAUCGUACAUGACAUUUAAAACAAACUCUUCUGAUAUCUUGGUUAUUUUACUGGGAUCAUGUGGACAACGACCGAGGACGAGAAAAUUGGAGUGGUGGUCUGUAGCUUCCGUGGAUCUGUGUCACAUGGUCUGACUCUAGAGCUCGGAGAAACGGUUCAGAUUCUGGAAAAGUGUGAGGGAUGGUAUCGAGGAUUUUCCACCAAGAAGCCUUCAAUCAAGGGGAUCUUCCCGGCCGGUUACGUCCACUUGAAGAAGGCCGUCGUCAGUAACAGGGGGCAGUAUGAGACGGUGGUCCCUCUGGAAGACCCCAUCAUUACAGAGGUCACCUCAACUCUGCAGGAGUGGUCAGUCCUCUGGAAGCAGCUCUAUGUGAAGCAUAAAGUGGACCUCUUUUACAAGCUUCGUCACGUGAUGAACGAGUUGAUUGAUCUGAGGCGACAACUGCUUUCAGGCCACCUGACCCAGGAUCAAGUCCGUGAAGUCAAACGACACAUCACUGUACGACUGGACUGGGGCAAUGAACAUUUAGGCUUAGAUCUGGUGCCCAGGAAGGAGUUCGAGAUGGUCGAUGCGGAUCAGAUCAGCGUUUCUGAUCUCUACAAAAUGCACCUCUCCAGCAGACACAGCGUCCAGCAAAGCACAUCCCAGGAUGGCGGAAGACAAAGACACGGGGAAACGUGUCGAAUGCCCGUGCCGCAUCAUCUCUUUGUCAACCUGAAGAGCUUCACGUACAACACUAUCGGCGAGGACACAGACAUCUUCUUUUCUCUGUAUGACCUCAGAGAGGGCAAGCAAAUCAGUGAGAAGUUUAUGGUCAGACUCAACAAAAAUGGUGGACCAAAAAACCCGGAGAAGGUCGACCGCCUUUGCGCACUCUUUACGGACUUAAGCAACAAGGACAUGAAGAGAGAUCUGUACAUCGUGUCUCAGGUCAUCAGGACGGGACGGAUGCUGUUAAAUGACUCGAAGAAGGGCCCUCCUCACGUCCAGUAUCGGCGGCCGUACGGAUGCGCUGUUCUGGCCAUGAGCGACGUCCUACAAACCAUCUCUGAACUCAAAGAGGAGAAAGACUUUGUGCUCAAAGUUUACACGUGUAAUAAUGAAAAUGAGUGGUACCAGAUUCAUGAGAACAUUAUCCGCAAGUCCAGCACCAAAUACACCGCUCCCAGCACCAACUACGGUCUGAUCAUCUCACUGCAGCUGUUGAGAGGCGACAUGGAGCAAGUGCGCAGGGAAAACCCCAUGAUAUUCAACCGCGGCGUCGCCAUCACACGCAAACUGGGCUUCCCUGAUGUGAUCAUGCCAGGUGACAUUCGCAAUGACCUCUACCUCACGCUGGAGAGAGGAGACUUUGAGAGAGGAGGAAAAAGUGUUCAGAAGAACAUUGAGAUCACCAUGUAUGUGCUGUACGCUGACGGCGAGAUCCUCAAAGAGUGUAUUAGUCUGGGCUCAGGAGAACACAACAUCAGCGAGUACCGCUCUUUCGUUCUCUACCACAACAACAGUCCGCGCUGGAGUGAAGUGGUCAAACUGCCCAUCCCUAUCGACCGAUUCCGGGGGUCCCAUCUGCGCUUUGAGUUCAGACACUGUUCAACAAAAGAUAAAGGAGAAAAGAAGCUUUUUGGCUUUGCGUUUACUCCGCUGAUGAGGGAAGACGGCACAACACUGUCAGAUGAGAGUCACGAGCUUUACGUCUACAAGUGUGAUGAAAACACCACCUUCAGUAACCACGCGCUGUACCUGGGCCUGCCCUGCUGUAAAGAUGACUUCAACGGCUGCCCGAACAUCCCGUCCAGCCUCAUAUUCCAGCGCAGCACGAAAGAAACCCUCUGGAUAUCAACGCAACUCUCUUCCACCAAACUAACCCAGAAUGUGGAUCUGCUAGCUCUGCUGAAGUGGAAAGCACAUCCAGACCACGUGAUGGACAUUUUGGGGAGGCUGCGUCACGUCUGUGGAGAAGAAAUCGUCAAAUUUCUUCAAGACAUCCUCGACACGUUGUUCUCCAUUCUGGACGACAAUACGGACAAAUACGGACCUCUGGUGUUUCAGUCGCUGGUGUUUAUCAUCAAUCUGCUCCGGGACAGUAAGUUUUAUCACUUCCGGCCUGUGAUGGACACCUACAUCCAGAAGCAUUUCGCUGGAGCCCUUGCUUACAAAGAGCUGAUUCGCUGUCUGAAGUGGUAUAUGGAUCGGUCAGCAGAAGUUGUGCGACAGGAUCACAUCCAGGAAGCCAUGAGGGCUUUAGAGUACCUCUUUAAAUUCAUCGUCCAGUCACGGAUCCUCUACUCUCGGGCCACUUGUGGGAUGGAGGAAGACCAGUUUCGAGCCAGCAUACAGGAGCUUUUCCAGUCCAUCCGUUUUGUUCUCAGCCUGGACAGCCGCAGCUCAGAGACGCUCAUUUUCACCCAGGCUGCCCUGCUCAACUCAUUCCCAGCCAUUUUUGACGAGCUCCUACAGAUGUUCACAGUACAGGAAGUAGCAGAGUUUGUGAGGGGAACUCUGGGAAGCAUGCCUAGUACGGUUCACAUCGGACAGUCCAUGGAUGUGGUCAAGCUGCAGUCCAUUGCUCGAACUGUGGAUAGCAGGCUUUUCUCUUUUCCAGAAUCAAGGAGAAUUCUCCUUCCUGUUGUUCUCCACCACAUCCAUCUGCAUCUGCGGCAACAGAAGGAGCUUCUCAUCUGUUCAGGAAUCCUGAGCAGCAUCUUCUCCAUUAUUAAGAGCAGCUCACUGGAGAGCUCUGUGCAGGAGGAGGUGGAGAUGAUGGUGGAGAGUUUGUUGGAUGUGUUGUUGCAGACACUGUUGGCCAUCAUGAGUAAAUCUCAGUCUCAGGAGGCGGUAAGAGGACAGCGCUGUCCACAGUGCACGGCUGAGAUCACUGGAGAGUAUGUGUCCUGCCUGCUGUCUCUCCUGCGCCAAAUGUCGGACAUUCACUUUCAACACCUGCUGGACAACUUCCAGAGCAAAGAGGAGCUGAAGGAGUUUCUGCUGAAGAUUUUCUGUGUGUUCAGAAACCUGAUGAAGCUCAGUAUUUUCCCGCGUGACUGGAACGUCAUGCGACUGCUGACCAGCAAUAUCAUCGUGAGCACAACCCAGUAUCUGUCGCCUGCUCUCCAUAAAAGCUUUACAGACGCUGACUUCGAUUUUAAGGUGUGGAACUCGUACUUCAGUCUGGCUGUGCUGUUCAUCAACCAGCCUAGUCUACAGCUGGAGACUCUGACUCCGGCCAAACGGAAGAAGGUCUUUGACAAGUAUGGUGACAUGAGGGUCAUGAUGGCUUACGAGCUGUUUAGCAUGUGGCAGAAUUUGGGUGAGAAUAAGAUCCACUUCAUACCAGGAAUGAUCGGCCCGUUUUUGGGUGUGACGCUUGUACCGCAAAACGAAGUCCGAAACAUAAUGAUCCCCAUCUUCCACGAUAUGAUGGACUGGGAACAGAGAAAGAACGGCAACUUCAAACAGGUGGAGGCGGAACUGAUAGACAAACUGGACAGUCUGGUGUCUGAAGGCAAAGGAGACGAGAAUUACAGAGAGCUCUUCAGUUUGCUAACUCAGCUGUUUGGGCCGUACCCCAGUCUGCUGGAGAAGAUCGAGCAGGAGACCUGGAGGGAGACGGGCAUCUCCUUUGUCACGUCUGUCACACGCCUCAUGGAGCGACUGCUGGAUUACAGGGAUUGCAUGAAAGGUGAUGAGACGGAAAACAAGAAGAUCGGUUGCACGGUCAACCUGCUGAAUUUCUACAAGUCGGAGAUUAAUAAGGAGGAGAUGUACAUCCGAUACAUUCAUAAGCUGUGCGACAUGCACCUGCAGGCGGAGAACUACACAGAGGCGGCGUUCACCCUGCUGCUGUACUGGGAGCUGCUCCACUGGGAGGAAAGACCACUCAGAGAGUUCCUGCAUUAUCCAGCGCAGAGCGAAUGGCACCGCAAAGAGGGUCUCUGUCGUAAGGUCAUCCACUACUUCAACAAAGGAAAGUGUUGGGAGUAUGGCAUCCCGCUGUGCCGGGAACUAGCCUUUCAGUACGAGUCCCUGUACGAUUAUCAGAGUCUCAGCUGGAUACGGAAAAUGGAGGCGGCGUAUUAUGACAACAUCAUGGAGCAGCAGCGACUGGAGCCCGAGUUCUUCAGGGUGGGGUUUUAUGGGCGGAAGUUUCCUUUCUUCCUCAGGAAUAAGGAGUUUGUUUGUCGGGGUCAUGACUAUGAGAGGCUUGAAGCCUUUCAGCAAAGAAUGCUGGGAGAAUUUCCUCAAGCCAUCGCCAUGCAGCACCCGAAUCAACCAGAUGAGGGCAUUUUACAGGGUGAUGCCCAGUACCUCCAGAUCUACGCUGUGUCUGCAGUUCCUGAAAACAUGGACGUUAUUCAGAUGGACCGUGUGCCCGACCGCAUCAAGAGCUUCUACAGAGUCAACAACGUCCGACGGUUCAGAUAUGACCGGCCAUUCCACAAGGGUCCCAAAGACCGGGAGAACGAGUUCAAGAGUCUGUGGAUCGAGCGGACUACACUAAUCCUCACUCACCCUCUGCCUGGCAUCUCCCGCUGGUUUGAAGUGGACAAGCGAGAGCUGGUGGAGGUCAGUCCACUGGAAAAUGCCAUUUAUGUGGUGGAGAACAAGAACCAAGAGCUGCGCACCCUGAUCAGUCAAUACCAGCACAAACAGCUGCACGGAAACAUCAACCUGCUCAGCAUGUGCCUGAACGGCGUAAUUGACGCCGCCGUCAACGGAGGAAUCGCCAGAUACCAGGAGGCGUUCUUUGAUAAAGAGUACAUUAGCAGUCACCCAGAGGAUACGGAGAAGAUCACCCAACUCAAGGACCUGAUGCAAGAACAGGUCCACGUCCUCGGUGUGGGUUUGGCCGUGCAUGAGAAACUGGUGCACCCAGAAAUGCGUCCCCUGCACAAGAAGCUGAUCGAUCAGUUCCAGAUGAUGAGGAGCAGUCUUUGUCAUUGUUUCUAUGUGGCCCUGCAGGGCCUGCCCGGUCUGGAUAAGCUGAGUCCAGCCUGCUCUGGAGCGAGUACCCCACGCGGCAUCCUCGCCACACACAGUCCCAUGAGUCCUGAGAGUAUCAAACUCAUGCACAGACACAGCCCUCUGAAUGUGUUGGGCUCUGUCCGACAUUCCUCCUCUUCUCUCUCCUCUCACACCUCCAGUGAGACAGGAAACCUCCUCAUCAUGACGGACAGUAUGAUGGAGCACCCAGAGGACCUUUAUCGCAUGCAGCCCAGUCCAUCAUCAUCCAGCUUGAGUUCGACGCAUUCAGCUCCGUCUCAGAUGAUCAACUCGGGGCACGGCAGCAUCAGAGUUGGGUCCCCAUCACUACCUGACAGAUACAGGCACAACCGGGAGGUGUUGAUGCUUCUACCACCGCACAGGGAUCGGCCCAGUAGUGCCAUGUACCCCAAUAUAACCGAGAAUGGACAGGUGCCUACUAAUCAUCAGAGGGCUCUGUAUCAUCAAGUCAUUGGUCCCUGCAAACCUUGCAGUGACCCCAAUCUUUCCGUGGCUGAUAAAGUGCUGACGGCUCCCAGCAGUUGGAGUUUGGACAGUGGCACCAGAGACACUCUGCCGUUCCUCUCUGCUCAUGUCGGGAGUGUGAUGGCCCCACCUGUUCCCCCUCGCACCCUUCCUCCCGGACACUUCUCGAUGCACUUUGAUGCUUUCCACCACCAGAUCAACGAACUCCCUCCAGCUCUCCCCGCGCGCUCCUUAAGAAAGUCACCCCUGCACCCUAUACCUGCCUCACCCACCAGUCCACAGUCGGGCCUGGAUGGCAGUAACUCCACCUUAUCCGGCAGCGCCAGCAGUGGUGUCUCCUCCUUGAGCGAGAGCAACUUCGCCCAGUCCUCCUCUGAGCCUCCAGCUCGAGCCGACACCUUGGACUCGAUGCCGAGCAGCCAGGCCUGGACCACAGACACGGAGGAGGCCGAGAGUCCCUAUCUCCCCGUACGCUACAGCGUCUCCGAGCCUGAAGUUCUGGACCCUCUCAAGCCCGCUCCAUGCCGUAGUCACUCCGCCCCGUUGGGUGUAACCCCAGGGAUACCCUCUGAUGGCCACCACCACCAUCACCUCCAUCUCCACCAUCACCACCCACACGCAGUGCACAUCACCCACCCUCACUACCACCACCACGAGCCUGCACCUGCACUGCCUCCCAAACCUUACCUGAGGGAAGGGUGCAUCCCUGAGGAGGACCUGAGGCCAGUUCCAAGGCCUAUGCCCCGCAAGAUCUCCCAGCCUCUGCUCACUAACAAGGAGGAACAGGCCAAGGUGGCCUGGGAACAUGGCAUCAGUGAAGAAUAGACAAAGAAUAACCUGGACUGUUGGCUUUGGCAUGAUUUGUGGUUGGAUUUUGGGAAAGUCCCAAAACAAUUAUUGAUUUGAACCUUCUCUGCUCCCAGUAUACCCAGUGUAGGUCUUUUCAACCUUUUAAGAAGUGCUUGCCAUGUUACUGAGCUUCUACAUGCUAGUGAGAUGUUUUGUUUUGUUUUGCGCUUAGUGGUGGUUGGUUGGGAGUUGCACAGGAUCCUUGAAUUCAAACUGCUCAUAGAGCCCAAACUACUCCCCCUCGUUGGUAUCUUGUUUGGGUUCUACAGAUAUGAUAAGUUGUAAUGGUACAAAGAGAUCAACAAGGAAGCACAAACUGAGAGUUCGAUGGUUUUCAGGUGUAUCGUGUACUCAGAGAUAACACUUGUCAAUUUGAUAACUUCUAAACAUUUCAUUAUGGUCAUUGCAAUAGUUCUGACAUCAUACACUUUCAGCUUAUUUGUACGGUUGGGUUGAACUCAGAGCUUAACCUUCGAGCACCAAAAACCUUAGUUUUGCCUUUUUUUUCAAAGGAACUCAUGUUAUAAUUUAGAAAGAGCUAAAACAGUGGAUCUGUGGUUUGUUAAAUAGUGGACACAUCUGAAAUUUAGUUUGACUUACAUCUCACUAGCCCACGUAAGGAUGAAUUUCAAACGAUCUUUGACGAUGUGCUCUUGGACUAAGCAUGCUCAUUUCUCCUGACAGCUUGCUUACAUCCCAAUCCAACGCAAAAGCCUCAGAUGAGGUUUUAUUAAUGCAGCGGUUGAUAUAACAUGCUAACACUUCAUUACAGACCUAAAAACACUUAACAGAACGUCUGCUACCUCCUGCACGGUUGCGGGAAGCUUCUCCUCAGAGAGAAUCUGCACUGAUUUGACAGUAAGAGGCUUUUACAAUCUUCGUAAAGCCUCAUUACACCCACAAUAUUGUCGUGCUGCGAAAGCAAAUCAGCCACUCUCAACGCUACUACCCCGUUACGCUAAUAACACAACAGCCAAAGCGCUGUUAAAUCAAAGCCAUUUCACAGAUGUCUCCUCACAGUAAAGCGGCUUUUGGUCUCAGCAGGUUCCUUUGGGAAUUGAUUUGCGUUCCUCUGCGUUGACAGUUUUCAUAAAGAAGUCUAUAUUUUUAGAUAGAGCUGAUAUAAAAUUCCAAGACUUUAAUAUAAUUGUAUAGUAAAAGAAAUUGCAAAAAGAGUUAGAAUAAAUACAGCUUAGAUUAUAUCAUACAAUAUAUUGCUAUGAAAGAUUAUAUCACACAUUUUUAAAGGUGGAGAGGUUUCAUGGGUGUGUUUUAUGUCGUGAGUUGAGUGGCUUACAGAUACUGAUGGAUGCACAUUCGGUACCUGAUGGUGUUUGCAUAUUUACGUCUUAAGACUUGAAAGUAAAUGUUAUUUAAAAAGCUAAUUUAUAUGUGCAAUGUGCAUGUUCUCUUCAAUAGUGGUGAAUAUUACCCUGCAUCACUUGAAGAGAGUGUCUGGUAGAGAUAUUGUUUUUAUUGUAUAUCUGCACAUCUUCAUUAUGUCACAAUAAACGUAAUUAUAUCUCAUUUCAAAUCUUGUGUCAGACAGGCAAGAAUCUGCUGACCGCUUGCUGACGUUUACAACGGAAAUCAAAAAAGCAUGAAAGUCAACGGAGAGUAAAAUGAACGUCUAGUAAAGCCCCGCCCACAGUGAACCCUCAUUGGUUCAGAAUUUUCAUCUACAUAAUUGUGUUGAACAUCAAAUAAAUUUUAUCAGACCACAUUUUGUAACAAAUUUCGCAAAUAAAAUAUUGCGAAUAAUCACUAGAAACGCAUUUAGAGAAACAAAUAUCUGCUGUCCAAUCGUAAUGACAUUUUCAACGGAGAGUAAAAAUGAACGUCUAGUAAAGCCCCGCCCACAGUGAACCCUCAUUGGUUCAGAAUUUUAAUCCACAUUUUUUUGUUGAACAUAAAUUGUCAUAAGAAACUUAAUUAUAUCACAUUUUGUAACAAAUUUUGCAAAUAAAAUAUCAGAAAUUAUAAUAAUAAUUAAUAAUGAUUAAAAUAUCGCAAAUUAUCACAAGAAACAUAAUUAUAUCACAUUUUAAAUAUUGUGUCAGACAAACAAGAAUCUGCUGACCGGUUGUUGACGUUUUCAACAGUAAUUAAAAAUGCAUGUCUAGUAAAGCCCCGCCCACAGUGAAAUCUUGAUCAUAAUAAUGUUGAACAUCAAAUAGAUUGCUGUAAAGAAACUUAAUUAUACCACAUAUUGUAACAAAUUUCGCAAUUAAAAUAUUGCAAAUUAUCACUAGAAACAUAAUUGUAUAACAUUCAGAGAAACAAAUAUCUGCUGUCCAAUAGUAAUGACAUUUUUAACGGUAAGCAAAAAUGAACGUCUAGUAAAGCCCCGCCCACAGUGAACCCUUAUUGGUUCAGAACAUCAGAUAGUUUCGUAUUGGCUGGGAGUCAGACAGAAUGUCCAUGUUUAUUGUGGACAAGCUAAAUUUACAGGAGUUUUCAUUUCAUUUUUUAAAGUCCACCGUAAACUUUUAUUUAUUUGAUUAUGAAUACUGCCCAUUUGGCAAUAUACACUCUAAUUAAUGUUUCUUUCAUCCUAUAAUGUGGUUUAACUUGGUUUAAUAUCACAUACUUAUUAUAAAUAUGUACUUAAGGCUGCUCAUAGUAUGAACUGUACUUUAACUCCAAAUACUUGAAGUAUACGAAGGCAAAACGCGAGUUUGUAUGCAGACUUAAACAUGUUUCCAUGUGCUUUUUUUGUAAUAUGAAGGCUGUACUCUUCAGAUGCACAUUGAGAGACGCAUGCUAUCUGAAUAGCUGAUCAUCAUUGAAGGCUUUAUUUAUGGCCGGAGACAGCAAAUACACAUUCUGACAGAGCUCCUUGCCUAAAUCCAUCACAUUAAAACAUUAUGUGUUCUCUUCAUCAGAAUUGCCUGCUCAUUUGUACACGCUUCCUCUUAAAGUAAAACUGAUGUGUAGAUUAAUAUUUAUAACACUAUUUUUAUUGAUUUACUAAAUUAUGAAGACAUAUAGUGAUGCAGUAGAUGUGUUGUGUCUCCCGGGACAUAGAAAUGCGCUGACUGAUGAGUUAUUAAUCAUUAUUUAUAUGUAAUAUAAGUCAUAUUAAACAUCGAGUGAUCAGGGAAGGAACUGGAAUCUAUGCAAAGAUCGAGUGUUAUAUUAGAGAGAGUGUUGAGGUCUAUCUGUGACGGCCCAUUUCUGUGAAUAUUCGCACUGAUCAACUAAAGAAAAGCAUUAAUAUUUAUUGUUUUCAGCAUUUCUUAUUAUGGCUUUCAAGACAUUUUGCAUGUAAAUAUGGACUGACGGAUACUGUGCGUCUUGUAUUCAUUCACUAGCUCUCAUUUUGCUUGCAUAGCUAAGCAAAAAACUACAUUAAAGUAUUAUAAUCACGAGUCAUUAAUGCUUUAAAUAAAGGUUUUGGCUCAUUUGGCACAAGCAACCAUGUACAAAUAUUGAGUGUACAUAUUUUACAUGUUUGAUAUCUCGGCGAAGGUGAGCUGACAGUUUUAGGAUUCAGUUUGAGGGUGACGUUUUAUUUUGUACAUGACAAAAGUUGCCCGCAUCAGCGUUUCAAACUCAAUACUACACUUUAGUUCAUGUAGACAGCGUUGUGUGGAUUGCUAAUUAAAUACUGGGCUUAUUUUGCUGAAAUGAUUGAUGAUUUGAAUGAGGUGAAGGCUAAAAUUGGCUGGGUAAAUAGAAAAGACAAACAUGUUUUGGUCUGUACAUAUGGAAAGCUGAGUAGAAAUGGGGACUAAACACUCCUGGCCUGCAUUACAGUUCGUACCACACCAUGUCUGGCUUUAUUUUGUGUAUAUAAUCCUUCAAAAGCUUUGUAUUUAUAUGGUCAAGAGGGACAAAUCAUGUAUAGACUGAGAUUAAUUGUCUGCCUGGUACUUUCUGAUGUAAAUGUGUUUUUAAAACUAAACUAAACUGCGACAAGUGAAAAAAAGGAGAACAAAUCUUUCAAUGGCCUACUCACUCGUUAUUCUGUGUAUUUUGCAUUGGAAUCUGAAGAGCGUUUUGUUUUACCAUGCAGAAAUACGAAAACCUUUGUACGAGUAUUCUCAAAGUAUUUUUUCUGUAUAUAUUGUGCUAGCAUGACUCAAUGUGGUGUGGAUUUUAGAUGUAAAUACACACGUUUUUUUUUUCCUACUCACUUAACCGCUGUGACGUGUAAUUCAUUAAUAAUGCCUAAUAUUAAAGAUCAUGUUUUAUCAACUGA